CGUCAAGGGGCAUUUAUUUUGAAAGGAAACUGAUGCGUCAUCAAGCAUCGACUUUGCUUCCUCCCGGAGGUAAACAACCAACCGGUGUCAGAGUUGUAUUUAUAUUUUGAGAUGUGUCAUUGUAUAAUAUAUUUACAAUUUGAGCUUUUACAAUCAGCCAUUACCACAUUAGUAUAAGCACGAGGGUUCUCACCCAUGAGCUCUGAAUAUUACAUGCCCAGAACAGAAGAUAUAAAACAUGAACAAAAGCAAAAGGGAGGCAUGACACCUCCGUAUGAAACCUUUUUCAGAAGUAUUUAAAUUCACUCUUGCUCUUUCUUUUUGAGUAACUUGAUUAGACAUACAGCACGGUUGUUAUGUAUAUUGAUCUAUCCUUUCUGGGGCUUUCAAGUAGAAGUAACAGCCCAUGUUCUUGUUACUAGCUACAUGGUCAAUGUUCUUCAACAGUCUCCUGAGAAACGAAAGAAUACCCUCGCUGUGCAUACGUAUCAUCAAGUGCUGUUCACAUGCCACGGUGUAGUUCCUGUUGUCUGUGAGCAUGUUAGGCCGAUAAAGGAAUUGGAAUGGGGGGGUUCGACCCAGCUGAGUUGAUUGCGGGUCUCUGUGGUACCGACGCCGGGAACCCAUUCCCCGUUUGGCAGAACGGAACCAUCGUGCCCUGCUUCAACCAGCUGGUUUUGGGUGUCUUGCCCCACAGUGGCCUAGCGGUCUGCAGCGCCUUCUACCUGAGCAUCCCACGACGCAGACCCAUCCUUCAGUAUGGCUGGACCCUCAGGCUGGUCUCGACUCUGCUGUUGGUCCUCCUCUUCACUGUGGACCUGGUGCUGGCGGGCCUCCAACGCCAGGUCCACCUGUACCUGGACUGCCUGGCCGACGGCUGUGCCCUCCUGGCCUGGCUUCUCCACCUCGCUGCCUCCCUGGCUCUCCAGGUGUCCGUGGCGUGGAGCCACAGACGGGGCCCCACGCUGCUGGUUCUGCUGGUUCUCCUCUCUGUUCCUAACCUGGUGUUCACCCUGGUGGCGGGCGCCAGCACCACUCUGGACCCUACCCAGUCGCUCAGACUAACCCGCUUCAUUCUGGCCGCGGCCCGGACGCUCCCUCUGGCUGCGUACCUCCUAGCGUGGGCCUUCCCGUGCGUCUACAGCGGCGCCGCUUAUGAGUUACAGAUCAACAGCGGCGUCGAUGACGGUGGCGCGCUGGAGAGUGCCCCCCCCGAUACGGGCGCCAUGGUGGCGGAGGACGGCAGCGGCUACUUCUCCCGCCUGUUCUAUCGCUGGCUGGACCCGCUGCUGGAGCGAGGUCGCCGCAGGCAGCUGGACGGGCUGGGCCACGUCUACCACCUGCCCAGGGCGCUCCGCACCGGCGUGGUCACGAGGCACUUCUACAGGUGCUGGCAGGCCAGCCAGCAGGGGGCGUCAGCCGGGGUGAGAGGGGGAGGGGCACGAGGAGGGGAGUGGCCCCGGCCCGUCAGCCGGCACCUCCCGGCGGGCAGCCGGACCCUCCCUCAGGAGGAGGCGCUGCCGGAGCUGGGCGGGGACGUGCGUCUCUUGGGGGUGCUUCACCGGGCCUUUGGGUGGUGGUACUACGCCCUGGGAGUGCUAAAGCUGGUGGGGAACCUGCUGGGAUUCGCCGGCCCCCUGCUUCUCGGCCAGCUGGUGGGCUUCAUGGAGGACCCAGACGCCCCGCCGAGUCGGGGGGCUCUGGUCACCCUGGGGCUCUUCUCCAGCUCGCUGCUCUCUGCCUUCCUCAGGAACCUCUACGGCUUUCACGUGUCCAAGGUGGCGUUGUCGGCGCGCGCGGCCGUCGUCACGGCAAUCUACGGCAAGGCGCUGCGGGUGGGCAGGGUAGGGCUGGCGCGCUUCUCCCUCGGCGAGGUGGUCAACCUGAUGAGCACCGACACAGACCGCGUGGUCAACUUCUGCAAUAGCUUCCACGAGCUGUGGAGUCUGCCCGUGCAGUUCUCCAUCGCCCUCUACCUGCUGCACCUGCAGGUGGGCAUUGCCUUCCUGGGGGGGCUGGGCGUGGCCCUGCUCCUCGUCCCCCUAAACAAACUGCUGGCCUCCCGUAUCCUGGACAACAACAAGCACAUGCUCCGGUACAAGGACAGCCGUGUCAAGCUGGUCACCGAGUUGCUGUUCGGUGUCCGCGUCAUCAAGUUCUACACCUGGGAGCCCCACUUUGCCCACAAGAUCUCAGACUGCCGCCAACGCGAGCUGUCUCACCUGAAGACCAUCAAGUACCUGGACGCGGUGUGCGUGUACACCUGGGCCGCGCUGCCUGUGGUCGUCUCCAUCCUCACCUUCCUCACCUACGUGCUGCUGGGACACGAGCUCACCGCCACCAAGGUGUUCACCACCCUGGCCCUGGUGGGCAUGCUCAUCCUGCCUCUGAACUGCUUCCCCUGGGUGCUCAACGGGGUGCUGGAGGCCUACGUCUCCCUGGAGAGGAUCCAGCGCUUCCUUCAGCUGCCCAACCAGGACCUGCAGGCCUACUAUAGCCUGGCAGCCCCAGAGGACCAGCAGACGUCAGUUCUGCUGAGCGAGGGGUCCUUUUCCUGGCUGGGCCUCGGGGGGCCUGGGGGGUCAGACCCUCCUGGGCCUAGAAGAGAUGAGGGCUCUGGAGAGGGGAGCGGGAGCCUUCUGCUGCAUGCCUUGGACCUCAGCAUACCUAAGGGCUCUCUGGUUGUGGUCGUGGGGAGAGUGGGCUGUGGGAAGAGUUCCUUACUGGCAGCCAUUACUGGAGAACUGACCAGGCUGAGUGGGGCGGUCCACGUGGUGGGCCGGGAGGGCGGCUUCGGUCUGGCUACCCAGGAGCCCUGGAUCCAGCAUGCUACGGUGCGCGACAACAUCCUGUUUGGCAGGAAGUACGACUCUGUAUUCUACCAGGCGGUCGUGGAGGCCUGCGCACUCUCCGAGGACCUCAACGUGCUGCCCCAGGGAGACCGGACGGAGGUGGGCGAGAACGGAGUGACCCUCAGCGGGGGUCAGAAAGCACGCCUGGCGCUGGCCAGAGCCGUCUACAUGGAGAAGGACAUCUACCUGCUGGAUGACCCGCUGGCUGCCGUGGACGCCCAGGUGGCUCAGCACCUGAUGCAGAAAUGCAUCAUGGGAAUCCUGCGGGGAAAGACCAGAAUCCUUUGCACUCACCGCAUAGAGUUUGUGGAGCGGGCGGACCUGGUGGUCCUCAUGGACAACGGGACCAUCGUCAAGACAGGUACGCCAUCGGAAAUCCUGCCCCUGGUGGAGGCGGGUCCAAAACAGCACAGGAAUGACCGCAACGCUGAGCAGAAAGGUGGUGCUGAGGUGGAGCUGGAGGAGGGGGUUUCCAGUUUGGAGGUGGAGGAGAAGUUGGUGAUGGUGGAGGAGGACGAAGACCGGUCGGGGGAGGAGCAUAAGGAGGCGGGGGGGCUGGCGUGGGCGGUGUACCGGGCGUACUGGCGGGCGGUGGGAGGAGCCCUGGCCGCAACCAUCCUACUGUCCCUCCUCCUCAUGCAAGCCUCUAAGAACGUGUCUGACUGGUGGCUGUCACACUGGAUAUCAGAGCUGAGGAACAACGGCUCCACAUGGAGCAAUGGUUCCUACACAGAGGCCAUCACCUCACCCCACCUGCUGCUCUUCUCUCCUGGGGGACUGACGGCCCCGCUGUGUUCCCCGACAGCCUCCCCCUUCUCCAACAUCAGCUCGGACGUGAAGUUCUACCUGACGGUGUACGCCUCCAUCGCCUCCGCCAACACCCUCUUCACGGCCGCACGGGCCUUCCUCUUCGCCUACGGCGCCAUCCGCGCCGCCACCGCCGUCCACGACCGCCUGCUGGGCCGCGUCCUCCAGGCCACCAUGGGUUUCUUUGACGCCACCCCGACGGGGCGCGUCCUCAACCGCUUCUCCUCGGACGUGUCGGGCGUGGACGACGGCCUGCCCUUCGUGCUCAACAUCCUGCUGGCCAACGUGUUCAGCCUGGCGGGCACCCUGGCCGUCAUGGCCUGGAGCCUCCCCUGGGUGCUGGCCGCCCUGCUGCCCCUGGCCCUCCUCUACCACCGCACCCAGCGCUUCUACCGUCACUCGUCCCGCGAGCUCAAGCGCCUCAGCAGCGUCACGCUGUCGCCCCUCUACUCGCACUUCUCCGAGACGCUGAGCGGCCUGGCCACCAUCCGGGCUAGCCACGCCUCCGCCAGGUUUGAGGAGGAGAGCGUGAGACGCCUGGACAACAACCAGCGCUGCUUGUUCCUAAGCAACGCCGCCAUGCAGUGGUUGGACAUCCGCCUGCAGUUGGUCGGGGUCGCCCUGGUUACCGGCAUCAGCACCAUCGCUGUCCUCCAGCACCGCUACGGCUCUGUAGACCCAGGUCUGGUGGGACUCUCUCUCUCCUACUCCCUCUCCAUCACCGGCCUGCUGUCAGGGCUGAUCUUCAGCUUCACCCAGACAGAGAUGCAGAUGGUGAGCGUGGAGCGGACGGAGGAGUACUCCACCUGCCUGCCCACCGAACCCCAGGACCACAACCCACAGGUCCCGGCGUCGUGGCCGGAGCGUGGCCAGCUGGAGUUCAAUGGGGCGGUGUUGUGCUACAGGGAGGGUCUGACCAACGCCCUGGACGGGGUCACACUGCGGGUGCACCCUGGGGAGAAGGUGGGCGUUGUGGGGCGCACCGGCUCCGGCAAGUCCAGCCUGUUCCUGGCCGUGUUCCGCCUGGUGGAGCUGAACCAGGGGGCCAUCCUGCUUGACGGCCUGGACAUCAGCACCCUGGGCCUGGCCCAACUCAGGUCCAGGCUGGCCAUCAUCCCCCAGGACCCCUUCCUGUUCAGCGGGAGUGUGAGGGAGAACCUGGACCCCUGCGGACGCCAUCCUGACCAAAGGCUGCUGGCCGCCGUGCAGGACUGUCACCUGGAGCAGCUGGUGUCAAGGAUGGGUGGUCUGGAUGCAGAGGUGGGGGACCGGGGCAGUCGUCUGUCCCUGGGCCAAAGGCAGCUGCUCUGUCUGGCCAGAGCUCUGCUGACCGAGGCCAACGUUCUGUGUAUAGAUGAGGCCACAGCCAGUGUAGACCAGCAGACAGACCGACUGCUGCAGGAGACCAUCAGAGACAAGUUCAGAGACAAGACGGUCCUGACCAUCGCACACAGGAUCAACACCAUCAUGGACUCAGACCGCGUGCUGGUGAUGCAUGCUGGGAAGGUGGUGGAGUUCGACGCCCCGGCUGCCUUGCUCCAGAACGACCAGUCUCUUUUCAGCAGGCUGGUUGGGGGGGCAGACGAGUGAGGAAGAGGAGGCAGGAGUGGUCCUGCCGAAGGACAUCGUUAUCUGACCAAUCACAGCGUCUGUGGUCCAAACUACUUCUGGCAGGCAACCUAAGCCAACCAAUCAGUUUGCAGGUUUGAGUCCUCAGCUGGUUCCAAACAGUCUGAGCAAGAAGCAUAAUACAGAACAACAUUUGAGAACAAUAAGAAAUGCAAACAUAAAUCCACUGUCCUUUUUCACAAUGAAAAACCAAGACUGGAGAGAGACUCUGAUCCGUUACAUCUAACAUCUACGCCUGAACACUACCUCAAGAAGAUGUACUGCAGGUUUCCUGGCCGGGAGCAUCCACUGCGGUGGCACUGUCUGGUAUCGAGGCAACGCCUCAACACUUACUGAACAGGCCAGCUGCUCUAGAGAGAAGGAUUGACUGGUGUCUUGCUGUGCUUACCCUCUCCCAUAAGAGGGCUGUACAGGCCGACUGUCGGCCGUUCAAACAGUCUGGGCUCUGGGUUUUAUGUGUUCAAACGCAACUUCAAAUGAAAGACUUGUUUUGUCAAAUACUGCAGAUCUGAAAUAUAGAUAGAGAUUUAUAUCUAUAAGGGGAUAGUUGUUUCGGACACAGAGUCUUCUUUAUUGGGCACUCAACCUUCCAGACACUACACAGCUAGCUUUAACACUAUUUUCAACCAACUAUUAAAAACAGGUUUGAAAUCAUAAGAAGUGUGUGUGUUCAGUAUCUCUAUUGACAUGUUUGCGUGACAUGCUGACAAAUCUUCUAAUAAAAUAGUGGACCGUCCAACAUGGCCGCCUUCCGAGGUCAGACCAGAGGUCUCCAGCAGUGGCGGUGUCACGCUUUAUAUACCUGGCUACUUUCUAUGUUCUACUGGUUCUCUUUGUGCUUUCACACGUUUCCCAGCCAGAUGACUCAACUGAGACUAAAUGGCUGCCCCACCCACCUGGAACUUGUAAGCAUAUCUUCACGUGCGCUUCCGUGUGUACGCCCUGAUGCGAGGUGUGCUCUGUUGGUGUGUUUUUUUCUCCAUGAAGGCGUUGUCUCCUGAAUUAUAUGUUGUUAAAGUUGUGUGUCCCAAUACUAGGUGUGUCUGGGGGUGUAUUUGUGGGUGUGGGUGUUGGUGUGUGUGUUCUAUACUUGUGAGGAAGCGACUAAAGUCUGUGGUUGCAUGUAUAUGCGUUACUGACAUAAACAGCUGGAUCGUGCGAGUAUGCUCACGUGUGUUAUGGGUGUGUCCACUGAUGAGGGCGGGUGUUUGUGUACACGGUUGGCAACAGGCGGGAUGUAUGAGGCCAAACCAGUUUUUCUUCUCCAGCUCUGAGAGUGGAGCGAUGUGGAGCCGCUGUCAGUGUGCAGAUCACUAUGGGAGGCACAGAGACUUAUAGGCGCACACCCGACACACAGCAUCCUACCAUCAUCCGAACUCCAGGAAGACCCCAGGCCUCAGGUUGAAUGCAGAUGGAUUCAUCCCCACCACAGUAGCAGAAGACGGAGAUCAUGCCAACUCAUCGGCGAGGGAGGAGUAUGUCGGACGGCCUCACCCUGGAGGAGUCCGCAAGCGGGGGACUGGUCGUCUCAAGCAUUGGCGUUGGGUCCUCCUCCAAUCAGGGGCUCCACCAAGGGGAUGAAAUUGUGGGUGCAUCGAUUAAUUUUGAUGAACUGUCCAAAGAGGAGGUUUUGAAAGUACUGAAGCUGAUGGAACCAUUUAACAACAACAUGCAAGUCCUCACCAAGAACAACAUGAGCAAGAGUCUCGGCAACCUGGAUUCAGUCUCCAAGGGCCCAGGAGAGAUGCUGAACGACUCCUAUAGCCGACUCUACAAUGCAAAGAUCAAGAGGUUCAUGAGGGAUGGCCAUGGAGGUGUGGGUGGUUCCAGCGAUGGAGUGCGACACCCUCAAGGAAGCAGACCAGAGUUAUCCAAUUUAAGCCAUAAGACUGACAGUGGAAUUCCUCGGCUUGGCGUUGAUUUUGGAUUACUCAAAACAAAGACUCCCAGAAUGGACACACCGACAGCAGACGGAAACCUCAAUUUGAAAACAAAAUCUGAACUAAACUUGCGUCAUUCCAAUGGAAGUCUUCCUGGUUUGGAAAUAUAUCCGACCGAGGGUAAGAUCAGUGACCCAACCUUUGAUGGCAAUGCACCAAAAAUAGAAAUUGAAGGAUCUAAAAAAUCAUUAAAAAUGCCAAGAUUUAAAAUUCCAGACCUGGGUCUUAAUGGAGCCAUAACCAGACAGACAGAUAUAAACGUCCCAGAAAUCUCUUCAGGUGCUAUUCAUGUCAGACCUUCCAAGAAACUUAGGAAUCCUCCCCUAAAUGUGGACAACCCUAAUAUGGGUUUACAUAACUUUGAGUUACCUACAUUGACAAGGUCCACGGUAGACCUAAAAAAAACUGAUUUAGAUCUUGAUUCACCCUCUGGAGAAUUCAAGAUGCCUUCAUUUGGGCUGUCAGGCAAAAGACCAGAUCUCAAUAUUGAUGCUGGCCUCAAAUCACCUGACUUCAGUCUCAAAACUGUUAAUACUCCAGGGCUGGACAUCAACGCAGGCCAGAACACACCAAAGUUCAAGAUUCCCAACUUUGGUCUCUCUAGCCCCGAAGCACAAGAAGGUGGUUAUAGUGGAGAUCUACAGGGGCCAGAUAUCAGCUUAGGAAAGAAUAAAGCUGGAUAUCUGGAAACUGACAUUGACCUUGAUUUCGAGUCAACUAAACUCAAGCAACCGAGUAUGGAUAUUGGUACCCCUUCUGGAAAUUUCAAAAUGCCAGAUUUGAAAAUGCCCAGUUUUGGAUUGUCUGGAUCAAAAGUAGAAGUUCCUGACUAUGAGUUGCCUAAUGUAAAUCUCUCCAAGCUAAAUGUUAACACCGAUAUGGAGAUGAAAAUGCCCUCAGCAAAAGUAAGUGCUCCCUCUGCUAAGGUCAAAAAACCCAAAUUCAAAUUAUUUGGUACAUUACCAAAGAAAAGAGAUGUUGAUAUAAAUGCAAGUGCAAAAUCUCCAAAGAUUCAGGGUUUAGAGUUUUCUGGAAUUGACACACCAACCAUUGAUCUCACAGCUCCUAAUCUAGACCUGCAUGCUCCAGACAUGAACGCUGAUUUACCCAAAGGGAAAUUCAAAAUGCCCUCACAGAGCAUGCCUAAUUUUGACUUGAAUGCUCUUGACCUGAACAUCAAUACACCAACAUUGAAAUCACCAGACCUGAGCCUCAGUGGUCCAAACAUAAAGGCUCCUGCUAUGGAUUUACCAAACAUGGAUCUUAAAGCUCCAAAAGUAGAUCUUAACAUGGGAUCAUCCAAAGGAAUGUUUGAUAUGCCCAAAUUUAAGAUGCCAAAUCUCCCAAACCUAAAAAGACCAGACAUUGAUGGCAACAUAGAUGGUUCAGAUCUAGAUGUGAAUAUACCAAAUGUCAACAUAAAGGGUCCCAAAGGAGGGCUAGAAAUACCAGAUGCUGAUUAUGACAGCCCGUCAUUUAAUUUUAAGAAGCCAAAUUUGAAAAUGCCAGAUUUCGGUCUUUCAGCACCAAAGUUAGAUAGUCCUGACUUUAACUUCAAAUCCCCUGAUUUUAAUGUUUCAUGUCCUAAACUUGGCGGUGGAAUAAAUACACCAGACCUCAAUAUGCCCAGACUUGAUCUCAAAAGCCCCAACAUGGACCUCAGUGGCCCUAACAUUGAUAUGAAUGCUCCUUCAGGGAAAUUCAAAAUGCCCAAGUUUGAUCUCUCUGGCACACUGCCAAAAGGGGGAAUUGAAGCCCCGAACUUGGACAUGCCCAAAUUGGAUCUUAAAGCUCCUAAAUUGGAUGUGAAUACUCCAGAUGUGAACAUUGGUUCACCCAAAGCAAAGUUUAAGAUGCCCCACUUGAAGAUGCCAAAAUUUGGAUCACCCAACAUUAAAGGACCUGACAUUGACGGCAACAUAGGUGGUCCAGAUCUAGAUUUGAAUAUGCCAAGUGUCAACCUCAAAGGUCCUAAAGCUGGAUUGGAAAUGCCAGAUGCGGAUUUUGACAGCCCAUCAUUUAAAUUUAAAAAGCCAAAUAUGAAGAUGCCAGACUUAAGACUUUCAGGACCAAAGUUAGAUGGUCCUGACUUCCCUGAUUUCAAUGUCUCUGGUCCUAAACUUGGCGGUGGAAUAAAUCCUCCAGACCUUAAUAUGCCCGGAGUGGAUUACAAAAGCCCAAACAUGGACCUCAAUGCCCCUAACAUUGAUAUUAAUGCUCCUUCAGGGAGAUUCAAAAUGCCCAAGUUUGAUCUCUCUGGCACACUGCCAAAAGGGGGAAUUGAGGCCCCGAAUUUAGACUGGCCAAAAAUGGAUCUGAAAGCUCCUAAAUUGGAUGCAAAUACUCCAGAUUUGAACAUUGGUUCACCAAAGUCAAAGUUUAAGAUGCCCGAUUUGAAAAUGCCCAAAUUUGGCUCGCCAAACUUCAAAGGACCCGACAUUGAUGGCAACAUAGGUGGUCCAGAUCUAGAUUUGAAUAUGCCAAAUGUCAACCUAAAGGGUCCCAAAGCUGGAUUGGAAAUGCCAGAUGCUGAUUUUGACAGCCCAUCAUUUAAAUUUAAAAAGCCAAAUAUGAAAAUGCCAGACUUUGGACUUUCAGGACCCAAGUUAGAUGGUCCUGACUUUGAUUUCAAGUCUCCUGAUUUCAAUGUCUCUGGUCCUAAACUUGGCGGUGGUAUAAAUACACCAGACGUCAAUAUGCCCAAAGUUGAUCUCAAAAGCCCCAACAUGGACCUCAGUGGCCCUAACUUUGAUAUUAAUGCUCCUUCAGGGAAACUGAAAAUGCCUAAUUUUGGUCUCUCUGGCACACUUCCAAAAGGGGGGAUUCAGGCCCCGAACUUGGACUUGCCAAAAUUGGAUCUUAAAACUCCUAAAUGGGAUGUGAAUACUCCAGAUUUGAAUAUUGGUUCACCAAAAGGAAAGUUUAAGAUGCCCAAGUUCAAAAUGCCAAGAUUUGGCUCACCUAAAGUUAAAGGACCUGACAUUGAAGGCAAAGUAGGUGGUUCAAAUCUAGAUAUGAAUAUGCCAAAUGUCAACCUUAAGAGUCCCAAGGCCGGAUUUGAAAUGCCAGAUGUAGAUUUUGACAGCCCAUCAUUUCAAUUUAAAAAGCCAAAUUUGAAAAUGCCUGAUCUCGGUCUUUCAGCACCAAAGUUAGAUGGUCCUGACUUAAACUUCAAAUCCCCUGAUUUAAAUGUUUCAGGUCCUAAACUUGGCGGUGGAAUAAAUACACCAGACCUCAAUAUGCCCAGAGUCGAUCUCAAAAGCCCCAACAUGGACCUCAGUGCCCCUAACAUUGAUAUGAAUGCUCCUUCUGGGAAAUUCAAAAUGCCCAAGUUAGAUCUCUCUGGCAGCCUGCCCGAAGGGGGAAUUGAGGCCCCGAACUUGGACUUGCCAAAAUUGGAUCUAAAAGCUCCUAAAUGGGAUGUGAAUACUCCAGAUUUGAACAUUGGUUCACCCAAAACAAAGUUUAAGAUGCCCCACUUGAAGAUGCCAAAAUUUGGAUCACCCAACAUUAAAGGACCUGACAUUGAUGGCAACAUAGGUGGUCCAGAUCUAGAUUUGAAUAUGCCAAAUGUCAACCUCAAGGGUCCUAAAGCUGGAUUGGAAAUGCCGGAUGCAGAUUUUGACAGCCCAUCAUUCAAAUUGAAAAUGCCAAAUAUGAAAAUGCCAGACUUUGGACUUUCAGGACCCAAGUUAGAUGGUCCUGACUUUAAGUCCCCUGAUUUCAAUGUUUCUGGUCCUAAACUUGGCGGUGGAAUUAAUCUCCCAGACCUCAAUGUGCCCAACUUUGAUCUCAAAAGCCCCAACAUGGACCUCAGUGCCCCUAACAUUGAUAUGAAGGCUCCUUCUGGGAAAUUCAAAAUUCCUAAGUUAGAUCUCUCUGGCAGCUUGCCCGAAGGGGGAAUUGAGGCCCCGAACUUGGACUUGCCAAAAUUGGAUCUAAAAGGUCCUAAAUGGGAUUUGAACACUCCAGAUUUGAACAUUGGUUCACCCAAAACAAAGUUUAAGAUGCCCCACUUGAAGAUGCCAAAAUUUGGAUCACCCAACAUUAAAGGACCUGACAUUGACGGCAACAUAGGUGGUCCAGAUCUAGAUUUGAAUAUGCCAAAUGUCAACCUCAAGGGUCCUAAAGCUGGAUUGGAAAUGCCAGAUGCAGAUUUUGACAGCCCAUCAUUCAAAUUUAAAAAGCCAAAUAUGAAAAUGCCAGACUUUGGACUUUCAGGACCCAAGUUGGAUGGCCCUGACUUUAAGUCCCCUGAUUUCAAUGUCUCUGGUCCUAAACCUGGCGGUGGAAUGAAUCUCCCAGACCUCAAUAUGCCCAAUUUUGAUCUCAAAAGCCCCAACAUGGACCUCAGUGCCCCAAACAUUGAUAUGAAUGCUCCUUCUGGGAAAUUCAAAAUGCCCAGGUUAGAUCUCUCUGGCAGCUUGCCCGAAGGGGGAAUUGGGGCCCCGAACUUGGACUUGCCAAAAUUGGAUCUAAAAGGUCCUAAAUUGGGUAUGAAUACUCCAGACAUGAACAUUGGUUCACCCAAAACAAAGUUUAAGAUGCCUAAGGUGAAGAUGCCCAAAUUUAACCUCCCAAAUCUAAAAGGACCACAAGUUGGUGGCAACUUCGAUGGUCCAGAUCUAGAUAUGAGUAUGCCAAAUGUCAACCUCAAAGGUCCUAAAGCUGGAUUUGAAAUGCCAGAUGUGGAUAUUGACAGCCCGUCACUUAAAUUGAAAAAGCCAAAUAUGAAAAUGCCAGACUUUGGACUUUCAGGACCAAAGCUAGAUGGUCCUGACUUUGACCUAAAUUCCCCAGAUUUCAAUGUUUCAGGUCCUAAACUUGGUGCUGGAAUAAAUCCCCCAGACCUCAAUAUGCCAAACUUUGAUCUCAAAAAGCCCAACAUGGACCUCAGUGCCCCAAACAUUGACAUUAAUGCUCCUUCAGGGAAACUGAAAAUGCCCAAAUUUGGUCUCUCAGGUACAUUGCCAGAAGGGGGAAUUGAGACCCCGAAAUUGGACUUGCCAAAAAUGGAUCUUAAAGCUCCUAAAUUGAAUGUGAAAUCUCCAGAUGUGAGGAUUAGUUCACCCAAAACAAAGUUAAAGAUGCCCCACUUGAAAAUGCCCAAAAUUGGCUUAUCCGACAUUAAAGGACCUGACAUUGAUGGCAACAUAGAUGGUCCAGAUGUAGAUUUCAACAUGCCAAUGGCAAACAUUAAAGGUCCAAAAGCUGUAAUUCAAUUACCAGAUGGUGAUUUUGAUGGCAAAUUUAAAAAGCCUAAUUUGGGUCUUUCUGGACCAAAAUUGGAUGCCCCAAGUUUUGAUAUGUCUUCAUCAAGACUACCAAAUAUGUCUGUAGACACUCCAGAGGGGAAGUUCAAAAUGCCAGACAUCGGUUUCUCUCGACCAAAAGCAACCGCACCAGACAUGGACCUCUCUGUUUCUAAAUUGAAAGGCCCCGGUCUGAAGGGCCCAAAAGUUGAAAUCAAUGCUCCAUCUGGUCGGAUGAGGACCCCUCAAGGGGCGAACGUGGGUCUUUCUGGUUCACUACCAAAAGGGGAAAUGAACACACCUAAAUUUAACCUAAAUGCCCCUCAAAUAGGCAUGGGCUCUCCAAAGAACGUCAAAAUGCCAAAAGCAGGGAUCCAAGGUGGAUAUACUGAUGUAAAGAGACCCUCAGGAAAUAUCCAGGCUCCUCAACGUGACCUUGAUUUCCCUGAUAAAAGAUUUAAACAGCCUCAAUUUGGGAGCCCAAACUUUCAGGCUGGAUCUAAUAUGGACUUUGAUGCAGCUCCAAGUGCUCCAAAUGUAGACCUCAACAGAAUGAGGCCCAGUAUCCAAAGCCCUCAGUUCAACAUGAGAGCUCCAGUUCUUGACAUUGAUGCUCCUGCACUGCAUUAUAACAAGCCCUCUUAUAAAGGUCAGAGGUCAGAUCUUACAGGCAGGAAAACCCCGGGUUUAGAUGGCAAUGUAAACUUGCAAUAUAGAAUGUCUCCUGAGAUACACCCAAGGGGCGAUCGUCACGGCCACAACAAUCAACCAUACCGCCAUGGUUCUGAUCCCAAUGCGUAUGUUUUUGGUUCUGAUCUCAACAUCGAUGACUUCACUGGAAGGGAUCAUGUCCCCAGGUCCAGGGCACCCCAACGAGAUCCCGCUAUGGGCAGGGUUUCAGGGGGGUUCAGGGGUCCGAGUUUCAACGUAGCAGCCCCCAGGCACCAGUCAGGGGGUGGGUUAAGCCAGGGCUAUGGAGUCUCCCCAGCAGGGUUCAAUUUGGACCCGCGGGACCCAAGACAUCAGGUUUACAGAAGGUCUGCUGAGGGACCGAGGAGGACCAGGCAGCCCAGCGCCAAGCUGCCCACAGGACAUAGAAAACCAUCUGACGAGGGUUAUUUUGUUACAGUUUUCCCCACACAAGGGCAAAAUGGACUUAUGCAAAACCGCAGACCAAACACAUUGGGGAGACUCGACUUCAAUCCACCCAACAUGGACCUCGAGGUUCCAGAUGCAAAUGAAGACGGCUCGACAUUCUGGUUUUCUAAGCUCAUAUAGGAGACAAAGAGUACGACUAUCUCUAAACACAGUUAGCCAGUUUUCAUGUGUCAUGUGUUACAUAUUUGUUGCCCUAUAUUUGUUGCUAAACCUUUUGUAUAUAUUUCUUCAAUAUAUUUGCGUUAUGUAUUAUAAAAUAUGUACUUUUGCACUCAUUGUCAUCAUCAAUGUUAACAUUUGGGAAUUCAAUGUAAACAUUUGACAUGUCACAAAAUGUUUUUUUAAGGAUUGGAAAUUUAGUUCUUAAGUUAUUUCUUGAAUAUUUCCAAAUAUUAAAAUUGGGUGUAUUAAUAAGAGUAUGUGUAAAAUAUAAUCUGCCAUUUUGUUUGCUGAAUAUACAUUCUUUUACGAUUUACAAACCAAAAACAACCCAACCGGAUUACAGGUGCAUUGUAUUCAUUAUCAAAAUUGAAAUAUAAACGUUGAAAUGUAUAUUUUUAACUGGCUGAUAAGCAUGUACUUAAAGUGUAUUUUGUUAUAUAUUUUAAUAAAAAUGAUAUUAAACAAAUUGUGCUUCAUUGAAUCAAGUGGCACCACAGAGCAAAUGUCUCCAAAACCCAGGCAUCCUUUUUUUUUAUAGAUAUAUUUUGUUUAGAUAUUUAUUCGCAUAAGUAAACCGUAAAAUCAUAAAAGUAAAUAUAUUUAUAUAUGUAAA